GUGGAAAUAGGGGAAGGGGUCAGAUUUAUCCUGAUGGUAGCAAAAGUAACAAUACAGUUUAUAAUGCUACGGCAGGAGGGAUAAUAAGCAAAAUUUUACGAAAAGAAAAAGGGGGAUACGAAAUAACCAUAGUGGGUGCAUCGAAUGAACGCCAAGUAAUUGAUAUUAUCCCUCGAGGCCUAGAACUUCUUGUUUCAGAGGGCGAAUCCAUUAAACUCGAUCAACCAUUAACGAGUAAUCCUAAUGUGGGUGGAUUUGGUCAAGGGGAUGCGGAAAUA